AUGAGUGUAUGGUGGUGGCAGCAGGGACUUUCGCAGCCAGUAAUCCAAUUAGCACUACUUUCCUCGGCUGCAGGCCACCAGAACGCGAUGAACACUCUUCAAAAUACUCCCUCUAGACAUCUACAACAAUCAGUAAGGGAGCAUCUCCGCCUUCAAGGAAACAUGAUAAACAUGUUGAACGGCCUUCUCCGGGACCCAGCCGCGGCCAAGUCAACGGUCCUUAUUGUUGGGUCGCUCCGGGCAAUUGAGGCGAUCCAAGGUAGUGCCGAAGCGGCCGUGGCACAUACAAAAGGCCUCGAAGUUUUGAUCCAGCUCAAUGGUGGCCUCAAAGCGAUGGACCACAUGAUUCUGUCUAAAAUCUACCAUGGUGAUAUUAUGAGAGCAGCUCUGACAAACACGCCCCCGACCCUGCCUCUAACAGCAACCUGGCGCAACGAAAUUCGACAAGAAAUAGAGGUCUUCUAUUCAACAAAAAAUUUCAUCGCCCUUUUGGAUGACAGAUUCAAAAGGACUGCAUCUCAACUAUGUGUUCUCGGGACUUCAUUCUUCGCGGCGCCCUGGUACGAGGGCCUAGAAGACAGUAUGAAGAAAUUUCUUCACAUGGCCCAACGCUCGAUUCAAUACUAUGAGGUUGCAUGCCUACGACCGUCAAUCAUUGUUCCAACAGAUAACGACCUUUUUGUGCUCCUAGAAUACCACCUUAUUUCUGUUCGCUACCCACCAGACCCUUCGGCUUCGGUCUCAACCCUUUUAAACGAGCCCCUACGCAUCACCCUCUUCAUCUACUUGAACAUGUGUGUCUGGCAUUUCCAGGUCUUUCCAGUCAUGCAACCAAUGGUGAAUGCUUUACAACAAUAUCUAUCCUCCACCGCACCGAUCCCAAUCCUGACACAAAUCAAAGAAACCGCCCCCGACGUACUAUUUUGGAUACUGUUCAUCGGCGGCAUGGCAUCACGAGGACAUGAUGGCUAUUCGUGGUUUAUUGUGCAGCUGGUUGAGUUGACCUUGUACUUGGGAAUCCGUGACUGGGGUGCAGCGCGGGAAAUUUUGGGCGGAUUUUUCUACACAGAUCAACCCGGUCAAUCAGGAGGCGAGGAGUUGUGGGAACAGAUGAUUCACUCGGAGCAAUUGAGGCCUCUUAGUACGAGUCAUGCCGAGUAUGGUCUACGCUCUAGUAAGCACCAAAUACAAUAA